AGAAGAGUUUGUUCAAAGUUCUGGAGAUGACGGCAUCGUGGUCUUCUCUUUAGGGGCCGUGGUCAAGAAUCUGACCACAGACAAGGCAAACCUGAUAGCCUCUGGACUCGCUCAAGUCCCACAAAAGGUGCUGUGGAAAUACAGUGGGAACACUCCCGAAACUCUGGGGUCCAACACUAAACUCUACUCAUGGAUUCCACAGAAUGACCUGCUGGGUGCGGUCAGCAGACUGACAGACAAGAUUAACUUCUCAGAGAGAACGUGGAACGUCCUCUUCUACGUCCUGCAGGACUUAGUUCUGGAUCAGUGUAUGUGGAAGAAGGAACACCCACCAGUGCCUGUAAGAUGAUGGGUAAUGCUGACAUCUGGUUGUUGAGAACCUACUGGGAUUUUGACUUUCCCCGUCCAUUACUUCCCAACUUCAAAUUUGUUGGAGGGAUUCACUGCAAACCUGCUAAACCAUUACCAAAGUAUUUCGAAAAGUUUGUCCAAAGCUCUGGAGAUGACGGCAUCGUGGUCUUUUCUUUGGGAUCUAUUGUCAAGAAUCUGACCACAGACAAGGCAUGAUCGCCUCUGCCCUCGCUCAAGUCCCACAAAAGGACGCAGUUGCCUGGAGCGCAUCAAAGAUCAGCGCUGUUCCUCCUCUCUGCUCAAGAAUCCCCGGUGCCCCAAGAGUUCAAACAGAUACACAGCCCUGGUAUCCGUUCGAGAGGAGAACUAUGGUGGAAAAACUUAAUGUCAAAGAGCUUGGACCAGAUCAGCCCGACGUAAAGAUAAGCCAGCAGGACAAGGAGAAGGGUAAACUGUACACACGAGGCUUCUCCCAAAAUUGGUACACCAGGAAGCAGUGGCUAGCUGGAUGCAAUCACGCUAAUGCGUUAUUUUGCUUUCUGUGUUUGUUAUUCAAAACGGCUGGGAUCCACAGAAGGUGGAUGUGGAACUUGUGUCUCAUUGGGGACUCCAUUCAUUCUCUGACUGAGGAAUGCAGCGCAUCAGUGCAGCAGCCAACAAAGAAACGGAGGACGUUUGGACAGGGAGAACAGCAGCUGGGUGCAGAGAUGCUGCCUGAGUCCUGGCAGGCAGCUCUGACUGCAGAACAGCAGGAGUGGAUCGGCCGGGUGCUGUUCACCAGGGACGAUGCUGGGAGGCCGCAUCUCAUCACGGAGCUCAGUCCCUGGUGGUACCCUCCCCAGCCCCGGGCGGUCUACAAUCAGCCUCCCGCCUCUCCCGACCCCUUCUUUGCAUGUCGGCUCUUCCUGUGGAUGCCUCACAGGAUGUGGCACCUGCAGCUGACGUGCCCCCAGCCUUUGUGCAGCGGCAUCCUGAUAAAGGCUGGGCUCUACAGGACCAUCCGGAGGGUCCUGGACAUCGACGGCUGGUAUCUCAUGGCCACUGAGUACCUGGAGUGCCGUCGAUGUAAGAAGAAGGUCGGAGGGUGGUCACAGGGCAUCUUAAGGCAGCUGCCCCCCACCUACAGCUGCCAGUUCCCAGCUGUCCUCACGUACAAGCUGUCCUGUGACCAGAGGGUGGUUGCUAUGCUGAGAUCUCGCACUCUGGGCAACAGUGCCACUCAGCUGUGCAACACCCUGCGGGAGCAGCAUUCCGACGCCUGGAUGCGGAGAGCGAUUCAGUACCUCGGCGUCUGCGAGCAGUUCCUGGCCUUGGGUACCACGAGGGGGGAGAUCGCACCACCUCCCCAGAUGCCCCCUGUGCCCUCACCCGUCUGGCUGCUGACCGUUUACGGUUACGACGUGCUGACGCGGCUGGACGAGUACAAGGCCAGGAUCACGUCCACCUUCGGAUCCAUCCUAAAGAUGGAUUCCACAAAGAAGGUGACGAAGAAGCUCGCAGGUGCCGCCUGGGCUACCAACGUGGGCAACGAGCACGGCCAGGUCCUCAUGAGCGUCCUCACUUGCUGCGAGGGCUCCGAGGGCCUGUCCAAGAUGGCGGCCGGACUGAUGAGGCGGUACCGAUUAGCCGAGGUACCUGCCCCCCAGCUCAUCUACGUGGACCACGACUGCUGCAGACAGGACGGCGUGUCCAAGACGGCUGCCUUAUUUCCGGAGUGGGAACGGCUCAUUGUUCGGCUGGACAUCUGGCAUCUGAUGCGCCGCUUCGCAUCAGGUGUCACCACAGAGAGCCACGAGCUGUAUCCCACCUUCAUGAGGCAGCUGUCUUACUGCAUCUUCGAGGUGGACGCCGAAGAUGCUCGCCGUCUCGUGGGAGCCAAGCGGUCCGAGCUGGAGGGGACGCACGGGAUGGUCAACCUGACGGACGCUGAUGUGAUCCAGCGGAUCAGCAAGGAGGAAUGGAGGCUCCACUGCCGCAGGAGGACGCGUGGAGCAGAGGAGUCGACGCUCCUCAUCCAAAACCUCCUUGACACCUUCAGAGGGCCCGCAGGACACAACACGCUGAACAUCCCGUUGCUAAACGCUCUCCACAUCCAGGACAUCUGGGACACGCAGAGGCGCCACCUCAGCUGCAUCCAGGACCCCCCUGGCAUGCAGCUGUACACCCAGACGGGCAGUCUGCAAAAAGGAGGGGUCAGGCUGCCCAUCUAUCGCUGCGCGAGGGGCUCCACUGCCCUGGAGUCCUUCCAUCUCCACCUGAACCGCUUCAUCCCAGGAACGUCGGCCAGUGCCAAGUACUUCCAGGCGUUCCUGAUUGAUGGACUGGUCAGGUGGAACGAGGACCGCGCAGCGGCAGCUGAGGGACACGAGGCGCCUCUGCUGUCCUACAGUGGCCACCUCAGGCACACCCUGAACCAGAAGAGCCAAAGGGUGUUUGGUCAUCAGAUGGUUAAGGACUUCACCAAGCCUGCUGCUUACACAGGUGAGCUCAUCGGAGUGGACUACCUGUUCCAGCAGACAGGCCGCGUGCUUGAGGACAUCAGCAUGGACCCUGACGCUCCGGACGAGGCUGCUGCCGUCACCGACCUGGACGAGGGCACACAGGAGGACGUGGGCGACUACGUCGCCGCCUUCGUCCUUGACGACCCGUCCACCAGCACUUCAGGAGCAGCCCGGUCAGGGGAUCCAGCUGUCGCACCCGGGUCUGAGCCAGCACAUCCUGCCGCCCCUGCGCAUCACGCCCCUCCCGAGGUCCCUGGAAGCCAGACUCCUGAAGAGAAACACUCCUCUGAUUCAGAGAAGGAGAUCCAGGGUCCUGACGGCCAGACAGGAUACCAGCAUGUCCUGAAGCUGGCUCAGGCCCUGGUGGAGCUCAGGAGUCUCCAGGGACUGUCUGACAGCAGGGUAGACAGACUCAUCGCGCUUUGGCAACGCCUGCCAGAUCGUGACAAACGACGGAUCGUCUACCCUAGCAGAUGCCGGGAGAGGCUAGACGCCAGCCGUGUGGUGGAGGCCAUGUGCAGCCAGCUCUGCCGUCUGCACCCUGCGGCCAGUCGCGUGGACGGGGUCAGCAGGUCACGCUGGUUCCUAAUCCGCGACGACUACAUGGCCAUCAGACAGGUGGUGCUGUAUUGCCCGAGGCUGAUGGCUCAGACCCAGCUUCAUCUCUAUGAGCUGAACCAGAAGACCAUCUCUCAAUGGUUCCGCCAUAGACAGAAGGGGUGGGAGAAAGGUGUGCUGGAGCAGGGAACUGGCACCGUUUCUGCUCCAACUUUCUCCCACCAGCCCAUCCCUUCUGUGAAAGGGCUGUCCUCCGUACAGGUGGGAAGAGGACAGCCCUUUAAAUACAACCUCCCUGAGGAGCAACAACCUGGUCCCUCCUCCAGGGGACUGCCACCGCCACCACUACCUCCACCUGCUCCUCAUCCCGGUCCCUCUACCAGCUGCAACCUCCCUCCUUCUUCUGCUCAGAGCCUGCGCGCCAUUCGUCCCUUCCCGGGGUCCACUCCGCUGACUCCUCCUGUUGUUUUGCCUAGGACAACAGCAUUUAGAAGGAGGAAGGCAGCGGAGGCUGCUGCUGCUGCUGGCGUGCAGGCUCCACCAUCAAAGACAGCCCGCCAACAGUUCACCUGCAGCAGAUGUGGUCAGCCCAAGCGGCUGGACACUGGCCACACCCGCAUUGCAGGUGUGUCCUACUGCGCAUCUGUUGGCGGGAAGUCUGUAGAGGAGUGGAAGAAGGAGAUGAAGAGCAAGACUGGAGGAGGGCCCGAAAAACAGUGACUUUUUGGGACAUUUUCUCAUUUUUUAAUUUUGGAACUUGUAAAUAUUGUAAAUAAUUUUUAGAUGUUUUUGUUAUUGUGAUUUUCAGUAUUAAAAUGAUACACACUUUAAA